CGUCAGCCGUGAGAAGCCGCCGCUGCUGGUGCGGGAGCCUUGGUUGUGAGCUGGGCACACGGCUGCUGGCUGCUCGGGCACGCUCUCUGUGACUUUUUAUGUAUCAGCCUCGCUCCUCGGGUCACUAUGUAUGAGGCUCCGCUGCUGCCCCGAGGAACCAACUCAGGACUCGCUGUGGGCACCCGGGCACUGGCUGCGGACCUGUGACUGGCGGCGCCUGCCCUCCUGCUGUGCCAGUUGGUGCCACGGUCCUGGGUCCCAGCAUGGUCAUGGCGGACUGUCAGAGGCAUGUGCAGCGGGGUCCUGUCCGGGUGGGAUUUUAUGACAUAGAGCGCACUUUAGGCAAAGGGAACUUCGCUGUGGUGAAGCUGGCACGGCACCGGAUCACCAAAACCGAGGUAGCAAUAAAGAUUAUCGACAAGUCUCAGCUGGAUGCAGUGAAUUUGGAGAAGAUUUACAGAGAGGUACAGAUAAUGAAGAUGCUGGACCACCCUCACAUUAUAAAGCUCUACCAGGUUAUGGAAACAAAAAACAUGCUUUAUCUUGUGACCGAAUAUGCCAAAAAUGGAGAAAUUUUCGAUUACUUGGCAAAUCAUGGUCGUCUCAGCGAAUCGGAGGCCAGGAGAAAGUUCUGGCAGAUUCUAUCAGCUGUGGAGUAUUGUCAUAGUCGGAAAAUUGUGCACCGAGAUCUGAAAGCUGAAAACCUCUUGUUGGACAAUCACAUGAACAUCAAGAUAGCAGAUUUUGGGUUUGGAAACUUUUACAACUCAGGAGAACCUCUAGCGACUUGGUGUGGGAGCCCCCCAUACGCAGCUCCAGAAGUCUUUGAAGGGCAGCACUAUGAAGGACCACAGUUGGACAUUUGGAGCAUGGGGGUUGUACUUUAUGUGCUGGUGUGUGGUGCGCUGCCCUUUGAUGGUCCUACGCUCCCUAUCCUGAGACAGAGGGUGCUGGAAGGAAGGUUCCGGAUUCCGUAUUUCAUGUCAGAAGGCCAGUACUGUGGUGUCACCCGUGAAUCUCAUGUCACAAAAUGUGCGAAUGAUGAGGCCGCCAGUUCUCCCAGAAUCCUCCACUGUAGAACCUUCCUUCUCCUAUCCACAGAGCAGCUGUCAGGCUGAGACCACAUUCCUAGAAGAGGAAAGCAUCAGCACUCCACCAGUUAAUGGCUGCAUGUUGGACCCACUGCCUCCUGCGGUGAUGAGGAAAGGGUGUCAGUCCGUACCCUGCAACAUGAUGGAGACGUCUAUUGAUGAGGGCAUAGAGACGGAGGAUGAUUCGGAAGAUGACCCAGCCCUGGCAUUCGCAGCUUUUCAGGCCAAGCGUAGCGGGCAGCGACGUCAUACUCUGGCCGAGGUCACAAACCCACUGGUGGCGCUACCUAACAUGGCACCGGAGGCAGAAGCUGGGAAGAUCUUUACCAUUGGAAACAACCCGUCUCUGGGCAGUAUGGACUCGGAGUAUGACACGGUCUCUGUGCAGAGCGAUCUCAGUUUCCAGGAGGAUAAAGGAGCCUUGCACGAGUCUGUUCUGGCUAAUCAGUCGGUCACAAGAUUAACCCCUCCCUACAUAGGCCUGAGACCUACAAGCCUGGCGAUGCCGGCACUCAGCACCCAGAAGCGAGAAACUCAUAACCGGUCCCCGGUCAGCUUCCGAGAAGGGAGGCGGGCGUCCGACACUUCCUUAACACAAGGUAUUGUGGCGUUCAGACAACACCUGCAGCACUUGGCAAGAACUAAAGGCAUCUUAGACCUGAACAAGAUCCAGAUGUUGUAUGAGCAGAUGGGUCCUGAUGAAAAUCCUAACCUGGUUAGCGCUCCGCACCACCUCCAUAACAUCACUCACCCUCAGGAUAUCUCAGCACAACUUCCACACGUAGCCACGUUCCCCAAUGGAAUGCACUCACAUUUAUUAUCCAGACGGCAGAGUUUGGAGACGCAGUAUUUACAGCACAGACUUCAGAAAGUCAACCUUCUGGCCAAAGCUCAGAACAGCAGUCAGUUGUAUUGUAAGGAAAUGCCCAGGAGCUUGGAGCAGCAGUUACAAGAGCACAGGCUGCACCAGAAGAGACUUUUCCUUCAGAAGCAACCUCAGCUUCAGGUGUACUUCAACCAGAUGCAGAUAGCAGAAAAUCCCUACCCAAUGCAAGGACAGCAGCUCCCAUUGUCGCACCAGGAGGCCGUGCAGCAGACGCAGUUCAGCUUGUCUCAGCCGCUAAGCCCCGUCAUGGAGCCGGCUUCUGAUGAAAUGCAAUACGACCCUUUCUUAAGUCAGUAUCACAAGCUGCAUUCACAACAAUUGCAAAAUCUUGUACAGUCUGGUCAACCACAGGUAGCAGCACAAAUGCACAUCCAGCAGCAUCCGCCCCUACAGUAUGGGUACCAGACCUGCGACUUACCAGGGGCGCCAUCCACUGAACCCGAAUACACAAGCCAAUGCCAGUAUUCAAUGAACUCUGCUCAACCAGGCAGUGUAGUCUUGCAGCAAAGUCAGGAGCCGCAGUCGGCAUACGAGACAUUAGCCCUUCCCGAGUCUUUUGAUUGUGAAAUGAUGGAGACUGUUGACUCACAGCACAGUGGCUAUGUCUUAGUUAAUUAGUCGUAGUGAUGGCAGUUGCAUUGGUUAACGAGUGAAGACGAGGUAGGAAGAAUGAAGUAAAAGAGGGCGAAUUUUUUUUAAAAUUCUGUUUUUCUUUUGUACCAACUCAUUUGAGAGAAAAAAAAAAUGAAUUGCUUAUUUUCCUACCCAUUGCCUGCUCUGCGAUGCAGAAUCCAGCUUGCAGGUCUGAGCUCAGUUUGGAUGAAUUUCCCAUCCUUUUCAGGCCCUAGGUCUUGUAACCUUGGUAAGAUGUCAUUUUAGAAGCCUGCAGAGGCGGAACAGAAGGAACUGGACUCCACAAAUGGCGACUGGGUCAAUAACCAGUGGAAUGUCCUAGAGACUUUAAAGUGAAGCUCACAUUUAAUGUAUUGAAUUAACAUUAAAAGCAAUAUCUAUUUUGGGGGGGAGGAUGACCCCAAAUUUGAAUGCAAAGACUUCUUGGAAAAUGGAUUUCAGGAAUUAAUCUUCAUACUUGUCCAUCUCUAAGCUACUGACAUAGGCAAAAAGCACCUUGCAAUAGUAUAUGGGAAGUGAAGAAUUUAAUCCAGACCCAAGAUUUCUACACUACGGUGCCCUGGGAUACGAAGACCAUAUAAGCUUUGGUGAACGUAGGAAGGUGUCAUAUGUUGGCUUAACCAAAAGCUACCUAGAGGAAACCUCAUUGAACUGGUGGACUGUUUGUUUUUUGUGUCCCACCAACUGGUUCUGCCUCUAACACCCUCAGAGAACAUAUGUGAAAUGAAAUAGGCGAAGACCGUUUAUGGGACGGUUCCUCUAACCUAAGGUUAGAGGCAAAAUAAAUUGUAUCUCUGGUCUCUGGAGAUGAAACAAUUGUUACAAAACUGUUACUUUUUAAAAAGAUGAAGAAAUAAUAAUAAUACAGACUGUGUUUUGAAUCCACAGUAAUAUUGUAUGUUGCUGUUUGUUGAUAAAGCUUUGUACAGUUGUUAAACUAUUUAGAUUUUAGAGUCAGGAAAACACAAAAUGAGCUAUAAAAAUGUGUGAAGUGUGAUAGUUCUGUGCCUUUUUGGGUUCUUUUUAUGGCAGAUUCUACCUUUUCUUUUCAGAUGGAAAAAGUUAGACCAUAUCCCAUUUAUAUCAAUGCUACAUCCAAAGUCAAUUCACAGUUUGUGUGUUAUGUAUGGUUGUUCCACUGUGUGGAAGACGAGAAUUGUUUAAUCAACUCAAUGUUUUAUUGCUCAUGUAGAAACUAAUGUCUAAGAAGUAUUAUAGCAAUAUUUAAUUCUAUUUAAUGUCAUGAACUGUUGAUAUAUUAACCAGACAAAGCUAAAGUAAGUUGACAUGGUUGUAACCUUAGCUCUCUGUGUCCUGAUCACGUGUUCACAAUAUUUAAAUGUUGCACUUUCUCUCGACUCAAAUAGCCAUAAUGUGAUAGAAAAUUCCAUUAUGUACCAAAUUGUUUGGAAAAAUGUCAGUGGUAUUAUUAUGUUUGUUUUUUAAACUUUAGAAUUUGGUUGAUCUUUGUUAAUUCUGACAUUUAUAAAGAAAAACAAAAUUACACUACAACGCUGAAGUACACUGAGCGUGAAUCUAUAUAGUGUCCGUUCUAGUAUCCUGUACUGGCGAAAUGUAUAGGGCACUUCACAGAUUGUUCAUUUGCCAUUCAAACUGUAAGUCAUUAUGAGAUUCAGUACCCAAUGAAUGAGAAGAUGCUGUAUGCAAUAAGUGUACGACUAAUUAUCAGUAUUCAUACCCAGUUGUCUCAGCAAGCCUGUGUAUUCUCUCACGUCCUUCCUGGGCACCGCAGAUGUCACUGUCACAGCCCCCUCCUGCUGUAGAUUUAGGGCUAGAUUUAUCAAGCCCCUGCGGCAGCAAGUUCUCACAAGAACUUGCUCGCCGCGAUUUAUCAAGCAGCCCCUAACAUCUUCGCCACCUCUAUUGUGGCGAAAUUAAAUCUCCUCGUCGAGUCCGACCGAGGAGAUUGACAGCUCCUGCCCACGCGUGAUUGGCUGUGCGCGGGCAGAGGGCGGGAUUGCACGCAAGCUCAAAGUUGCGCUCGUGUGCAAUGUUAAUUACCUGCGGGUAAUUUCGCCCCGCCACAGGCGAGCUGAGGCGUACAGGAGAGCGUAUACGCGCCCCUGUACGCCUCGGCUUUGAUAAAUCUAGCCCUUAGUCACCACUUGCUUGAGAGUUUGGGUUUGCACAGUGCAGAUCUGAACUCUGCUUACACAUUGAUGUGUAUAUCUUCAGCUGUGCUAUCAUGAGGUAGAGAGAGGGCUCAGUAAGAACCAAUAAGAAAAAUAUUAUUCCAAAUAAACGUUUUAAAUUAAUUUAUGGUUAAAAGAAUGAUCUGAAAUAUGACGUCAUUAAUUAGGAGAACACAGUAGUGACGUCAUAUCAGUCGCGCCUACAUAUGUGUUCAUUUUCUUUAUAAAUAAUAUUGUUGUUCUCACGUUUUUACAUCUUUUGAUAAUAUUUAGAAGUAACUUUUAUAGCGCUUUAAAAAUCAAUAGAGUCCUAGAACCUAUUUGUAUACGUUUUACUCGGAUUUCUUUACUUACAAACUGGGAAAACUCACAAUGACUUACAGAUGGAUGAGCUGUACAUUACCACAAGGCAGUAAUGAAAAACUUCAUUCUUGUCACCAAAAAACACAAUUGUGCCCUAAAAAUAAAAACCACAAAAUCUAUUUGUUGGGAAAAGAUCCAAAUGUUAUAAUUUGCUUCGGAAGUUAAACCACAUUUGACUUAAAAUAAACGGAUAAAACUCCAGACCUGGCCUCUAUUUAUCUCAUCAUUUAGAUUUAAGUAUUUUAUUAUCAUUGUUGUAAAUCAGCCACGUGACCCUUUAUUAUUUGGUUGUCAGAAAUACUAAUUAUAAAUCAAUUUGUUGGUUUAAUGAAUCACUAUUCGGUUGUCUUUCUUCCAGUACAGUUUUCAUCUGAUUCUUUAUGGUUUCCAGCACCACAAUUUAUACAUAAACUGCAAUUCAAUUCCAUGAGCGUCUAAUUAGGAUCCUUUGUAACUGCUAAAGAGAUUCAUCUUGGUUUAUUUCACCGUUCAUCAAUCACCAGCAUUAAUCAUUUCUAUGGAUACAAAAACACAGAGAAUUCCAAUGUAUUUGUAAUUUGUCUCCAAAGUUUUUUUGUAAUACUCGUAAUAAAAAGUCACAUUUUUACUGAGUUCUACAUUACCUAUUGCACCUUUAAUAUGGCGCACAACUGACUUCAGUUGCGCAGUUACAGCCAGACACCCAGUGCCUAUAAACAUGAGAUUUUUAUGUAAGAAAACAAAUUAGCAGGUUAGGUUUAUACGUUUGUUUUUGCACAUUGCAACGACAAUUAAUGUACAAACCAGGGCAGGAUCUAGAGUUUGUUUCUAAUUAUAAUUAUUUGUCUGUAUUUAAAUUCAUAAAAAGAUCAUUUAUAAAUGUGCUGGGUGAAAAAGCACAACGCAUAUCAUAGUAUUAUACUGAUGAGGGUUUCUAGUGAACCCCCCAACAUCUGUAAGUGCAUAAAUAUAAUACAGGCAGGUCCUUGAUAUAUGGUGGCAUUAUCUCUGAAGGGGAACGUAGCAGUUAUCUGAUGGUGGCUGAGUUAGAUAAUGUUUGGCAGCCAUAUUGCUUUUACUUCCCCAAAAUAUCCGUCAUCCACUGAAUUUUUUUUCUAUUUUUUAAUGUCUUUAAGUGCAAAAUACUGCAUAUUAGGUGCUUGUCUGAAACUGUAGGAGAGCGGUUACCCAGUAUUCCCAUCUAUGUUGUGUGGUAACAACUGGAUGAUGAUCUCUUGCAGAUUGCUAGGCCUGGCGUAAAUACACUGAUGGAUCCAACUAAUGAUAUUACAACUAAUAACGUACAAAAGCUUCUUAUACAAGAAAGAAUAAAAAGCUUAGUGUUACACAGAAUGCAUUGUGGGUAUUGUCACUGCAUUGUGGGUAUUGUCACUGCAUUGUGGGUAUUGUCACUGCAUUGUGGGUAUUGUCACUGCAUUGUGGGUAUUGUCACUGCAUUGUGGGUAUUAUUGCAUUGUGGGUAUUGUCACUGCAUUGUGGGUAUUAUUAUUGCAUUGUGGGUAUUGUAACUGCGCAGCAGAUAGGGCCGUUAAUAUACUUGAAAUAGUAAAAGGAACAGAAAUCUAGUAACUGCGCGUUCUACACAAUAUCCCUAACUGAAUAACAGCAACAAGCUGCUUUAUACACCACUCAUAUGCUGCAAUAAUAUUUUAUUGGGUUAAGAAAUAGCCUAAAACAUAUAUAUAUAAUCUCAUAUCCAUAAGUGACCGGAGGGAAGGGCAAGAGUAGGUAAAUAUAUCUAAACAUAAGUACCCACCUGAGCUGCCAUGUGUAUAAUGCUGUGUAACUCUCUGCCCUAACAAAUCCCUUACUGGCUUUAUUCACUAAAGUGCAAAUACUGUAUUCACUAAGCUAUGCCGAGAUCUCUACAGCUGUAUAGUGCUCCCCUGUAAAACCUCCGGUAACUGGCACCUAAAGUGCUUUUAUCAUUUAGGGUUAAUUAGUGUAUUUUCCUUAUAAUUACAGAACAUUUACUGAGAGCCCAGUAAGGACACACACUAUAAUAAUACAACUACUGGGGGUAUUUGCUAAAGAUAUUAAUAAAUAAUAAAAUAAUUAUGCCCAGGUGAAGUCAGCACUUGUUAUCACACAAGCACCAGUUGUGUAUUAGUUCAUAGUGAAGUCUUUUGCACCCAGUUGUGUGAUGCGGCUCAGUUAUCAGACAGACGACAUUAAGAUACUAAUGACAAUUAGUCUGAUGUUUUUGCUAACAAGACUUGUUCAAUUGUUUAAUUAGUUAUUUCAGAUUCAUUGUCUGUUUCCUGUGCUACAGAAUUGUGCAAAUAAAAAGUCUGUAUGCACCGCAGUUUAAACCCUGAUAGGGCCCCUAUUGUAAGAUCUGAUUGGUAGAUGGGUAAAAUUACAGCCAGUAGCCAUCAUCUGAACGAUAUGCAUCCCAAUAACCUGAUUAUUAGCAUACUGUAGUAUGCUCUCCCAGGGAGAGAGGGCAACAAACUAGUAUUUCUAGCCUCUGGCAGACAAGGAGUUACUGGAGUGUGAGAUCAGAUAAAAAGCCAGUAAUACAAAUCCUGGGGGUGUCUUAUGGUUUUAUUUUUGAGCUGGUUUGUUACAAGCACCUAAUUAGGUGACUGUUUUGCUCUCAACGCACAAGAGACAUUGUCAGUUACAAUUUGUCUACGUUACUAUCGCAGACGGAUAAUAAAGACGUUUCAGUACA